UAACUUACUCAAAUUCUUCAAGUUCAGUUUAUUUAAAAGGAGAGUAACCUCAAGAAGGUUCUAUCUAUGGUUUACGGCUAUCUCCAGCCAUGGGCCUUUGGAGCAUACUUUGGUUUUUAAUCUUCCUGGGAAAAAGUUGGGGACAGGAACAAACGUAUGUCAUUUCAGCACCAAAAGUAUUACGUGUUGGAGCAUCUGAAAAUAUUGUAAUUCAAGUUUAUGGAUACACUGAAGCCUUUGAUGCAACAAUCUCUAUUAAAAGUUAUCCUGAUAAAACAUUUAGUUAUUCUUCAGUGUAUGUUACUUUAUCCACAGAAAAUAAAUUCCAAAACUCUGCAAUCUUAACAAUACAACCCAAACAGUUGUCUGGAGGACAAAACCCAGUUUCACAUGUGUAUUUGGAUGUUUUAUCAAAACACUUUUCAAAAUCAAAAAAAAUACCAAUAACCUAUGACAAUGGAUUUCUCUUCAUUCACACAGACAAACCUGUUUAUACUCCAGACCAGUCAGUAAAGGUUAGAGUUUAUUCACUGAAUGAUGACUUGAAGCCAGCCAAAAGAGAAACUGUCUUAACUUUUAUAGAUCCCGAAGGAUCAGAAGUUGACAUUGUAGAAGAAAAUGAUUAUACUGGAAUUAUUUCCUUUCCUGACUUCAAGAUUCCAUCAAGUCCUAAAUACGGUGUGUGGACAAUUCAAGCUAAAUAUAAAGAGGACUUUUCAACAACUGGAACUGCAUAUUUUGAAAUUAAAGAAUAUGUGUUGCCUCAUUUUUCUGUCAUAAUAGAACCAGAAAAUAGUUUCAUUGGCUAUAAGAACUUUAAUAAUUUUGGAAUUACUAUAAAAGCAAGAUAUUUUUAUAAUAAAGUCGUCACUGAGGCUGAAGUUUAUGUCACUUUUGGAAUAAGAGAAGACUUAAAAGAUAAUCAAAAAGAAAUGAUGCAAAAAGCAAUACAAAGCACAAUGUUGAUAAAUGGAAUUGCUCAAGUCACAUUUAACUCUGAAACGGCAAUUAAAGAGCUGUCCUAUGACAGCCUAGAAGACAUAAACAACAAGUACCUUUAUAUUGGUGUAACGGUCAUAGAGUCUACAGGUGGAUUUUCUGAAGAGGCGGAAAUCCCUGGCAUCAAAUAUAUCCUCUCUCCCUACAAAGUGAAUUUGGUUGCUACUCCUCUUUUCUUGAAGCCUGGGAUUCCAUUUUCUGUCAAGGUACAGGUUAAGGAUUCAUUUGACAAAUUGAUUGGAGGGGUCCCAGUGACUCUGAGUGCACAAACCGUCGAUGUAAACCAAGAGACAUCCCACUUGGAGUCAAAGAAAAGUGUAACACGUUCCAGUGAUGGAGUAGCUUCAUUUGUGGUUAAUCUCCCAUCUGGAGUGACGAUGCUGGAGUUUAACGUCAGAACUGAUGACCCAGAUCUUCCAGAAGAAAAUCAGGCUAGCAAUGAUUACCAGGCAAUAGCAUAUUCAUCUCUUAGCCAAAGUUACCUUUAUAUUGACUGGACUGAAAACUAUAAACCCUUGCUUGUGGGAGAACAUCUGAAUAUUAUUGUUACCCCCAAGAGUCCAUAUAUUGACAAAAUAACUCACUAUAACUACUUGAUUUUAUCCAAGGGCAAAAUUGUUCACUUCGGCACAAGGGAGAAACUUCCAGAUUUAUCUUAUCAAAGUAUAAACAUUCCAGUGACACAAAACAUGGUUCCUUCAGCCCGUCUCCUGGUCUAUUACAUCGUCACAGGAGAGCACACAGCAGAAUUAGUGUCUGACUCUGUCUGGUUAAAUAUUGAAGAAAAGUGUGGCAACCAGCUCCAGGUUCAUCUGUCUCCAAGUGCAGAUACAUAUUCUCCAGGCCAACGUGUAUCUCUUAAUAUGGAUACUGAGUCAGGUUCCUGGGUAGCUUUAACAGCAGUGGACAGUGCUAUAUAUGGAGUCCAAAGCAGAGCCAAGAAGCCCAUGGGAAGAGUAUUUCAAGCUUUAGAGAAGAGUGACCUGGGCUGUGGGGCAGGGGGUGGCAGCAAUAACGCAGAUGUAUUCCAUCUGGCUGGACUCACCUUCCUCACCAACGCAAAUGCAGAUGACAGCCGAGAAAAUGAUGAACCUUGUAAAGAGAUUCUCAGGCCAAGAAGAAUGCUGAAUAAGAAAAUAGAGGAAGAAGUUGCUAAAUACAAACACUCAAUAGUGAAGAAAUGCUGUUAUGAUGGAGCCUUUCUUAAUGAUGAUGAAAACUGUGAGAAGCGAGCUGCCCGCAUUCAGAUAGGACCAAACUGUGUCAGAGCUUUCAAGGAAUGUUGUAACAUCGCAAAGCAGCACCGUGAUGAAGAGUCUCACAAAAAAAUCCAGUUGGGAAGGUUACAUAUAAAGACCCUGUUACCAGUAACCAAGCCAGAAAUAAGGAGCUAUUUUCCAGAAAGCUGGUUAUGGGAAGUUCAUCAUGUCACCAGAAGAAACCAGUUGCAAAUUGUGCUACCUGAUUCUCUAACCACCUGGGAAAUUCAAGGUGUUGGCAUAUCAAACAGUGGUAUAUGUGUGGCUGAUACUCUCAAGGCACAAGUGUUCAAAGACAUCUUUCUGGAAAUGAAUAUACCAUAUUCUGUUGUACGAGGGGAACAGAUUCAGUUAAAAGGAACUGUUUACAACUACAGAACAUCUGGAAUGCAGUUCUGUGUUAAAAUGUCUCCUGUGGAGGGGAUCUGUACUGGAAGCUCAGCCACUGAACAUCAGGGGAGAAAGUCCUCCAAAUGUCUGCCCCAGAGAAUAGAGGGUUCCUCCAGUCACUGGGUGACCUUCACUGUGCUCCCUCUGGAAAUCGGCCUCCACAACAUCAAUUUUUCACUGGAGACUUCAGUUGGAAAAGAAAUUUUAGUAAAAACAUUACGAGUGGUGCCAGAAGGUAUCAGAAAGGAAAGUUAUGCUGGUAUUACUCUGGACCCAAAGGGUAUUUAUGGUAUUGUUAGCAGACACAAGGAGUUCCCAUACAGGGUACCAUUAGAUUUGGUCCCCAAAACAAAAGUCAAAAGGAUUGUGAGUGUAAAAGGACUGCUUUUAGGUGAGGUCAUGUCUGCAGUUCUGAGUCAGGAAGGCAUCGAUAUCCUUACCCACCUCCCUAAGGGGAAUGCAGAAGCGGAACUGAUGAGCAUUGUCCCAAUAUUCUAUGUUUUUCACUACCUGGAAGCAGGAAAUAAUUGGAACAUUUUUUCUCCGAACUCAUUAACUAAACAACAGAACCUAAAGAAAAAAUUGAAAGAAGGGUUGGUGAGCAUCAUGUCCUACAGAAAUAUUGACUAUUCAUACAGCAUGUGGAAGGGUGGAAGUGCUAGCACCUGGUUAACAGCCUUUGCUUUAAGAGUACUUGGACAAGUAAAUAAAUACAUAAAUCAGGACCAAAAUUCAAUUUGUAAUUCUUUAUUGUGGCUGGUUGAGAACUGUCAACUAGAAAAUGGAUCUUUUAAGGAAAAUUCCCAGUACAAACCGGUAAAAUUACAGGGUACCUUGCCUUCUGAAGCCCAAGAGAACACCUUAUAUCUUACAGCCUUUUCUGUGAUUGGAAUUAGAAAGGCUUUUGAUAUAUGCCCCAUUAUGAAAAUCAACACAGCUCUAACUAAAGCUGACACUUUUCUGCUUGAAAAUACCCACUUGGACCAGAGCACCUUCACACUGGCCAUUGCUGCUUAUGCUCUUUCCCUGGGAGAUAACACUCACCCACAGUUUCGUUCAUUUGUCUCAGCCCUGAAGAAGAAAGCUUCCGUUAAAGGUAAUCCACCCAUUUAUCGUUUUUGGAAAGAUGAUCCUCAGCAGAAAGACAGCUCUGCCCCUAAUGCUGGUACCGCACAGAUGGUAGAAACCACUGCCUAUGCUUUACUCACCUGUCUGAGCUUAAAAGAGAUGAAUUAUGUUAACCCAAUCAUCAAAUGGCUAUCUGAAGAGCAGAGGUAUGGAGGUGGCUUUUAUUCAACCCAGGAUACAAUUAAUGCCAUCGAGGGCCUGACAGAAUAUUCACUCCUGGUUAAAAAACUCCACUUGAAUAUGGAUAUCAAUAUUUCUUACAAGCAUAAAGGUGACUUCUACAAUUACAAGAUAACAGAGAAGAAUUUCCUUGGGAGGCCAGUAGAGGUGCCCCUCAAUGAUGACCUUGUUGUCAGUACUGGAUAUAGCAAUGGCUUGGCUACAGUGCAUGUGGCAACCGUGGUUCACAAAACCAGUACCUCUGAGGAAGUUUGCAACUUUAAUUUAAAAAUCGAAAGCCAGGACAUUGAAGCACCCAGCUACAGAGGCUACAGUGACUCCGAAUACAAGCGCAUAGUAGCAUGUGCCAGCUACAAGCCCAGCAGAGAAGAAUCAUCAUCUGGGUCCUCCCACGCAGUGAUGGAUAUCUCUUUGCCUACUGGAAUCAAUGCAAACUCAGAGGACUUAAGAGUUCUUGUGGAGGGGGUGGAUCAACUAUUAACUGAUUACCAGAUCAAAGAUGGGCAUGUUAUUCUGCAGUUGGAUUCAAUUCCUUCCAGUGAGUUUGUGUGUGUUCGAUUCCGGAUAUUUGAGCUCUUUCAAGUUGGAUUUAUGAGUCCUGCUACUUUCACAGUGUAUGAAUACCACAGACCAGAUAAACAGUGCACCAUAUUUUAUAGCCCAUCCCAUACCAAACUUCAGCAAGUCUGUGAAGGAACAACAUGCAAAUGUGUAGAAGCUGACUGUGGACAAAUGCAGACAGAACUGGAUCUGACAAUCUCUGCAGAUACUAGAAAAGAAACAGCAUGUAAACCAGAGAUUGCAUAUGCUUAUAAAGUUAAUAUCAAAUCCAUUGCUGAAGAAAAUGUUUUUGUUAAAUACACUGCAACCCUCCUGGAUAUCUACAAAGCUGGUGAAGCUGCUGCAGAAAAAGACUCUGAAAUAACCUUCAUUAAAAAGACAACCUGUGCAAAUGUUGACUUGAAAGAAGGAAGACAGUAUUUAAUUAUGGGUAAAGAAGCCCUCCAGAUAAAAUACAAAUUCAGUUUCAAGUACAUCUACCCUUUAGAUUCCUCUACCUGGAUUGAAUAUUGGCCUACAGAUGCAACAUGUCCCUCAUGCCCAGCAUUUUUAGCUAAUUUAGAUGAGUUUGCUGAAGACAUCUUUUUAAACGGUUGUGAAAAUGCCUGAAGAAGUUCAGCUACGUAGUUUCACUACGGACUCCUAUUGUUGAAAUGUCUUCCUUUUUUUAUAUAUCAACAUUCACAGCUGGUCUUAUUUGGAAAGCUCACUUUACUUAGAAUUAGUGGCGCUUGCUUUUAUUAGAGAACAAUUUUAAGAGUUGUAACAUUCUGAAAUAACAUGGCCUUAGGGCGCAUGGAGACAGAUACUCAUUCCAAGGUUAUCGGACACCAGAGGUAAUAAAUUGGAAAGUCUCCUAAAACCUACCACUCAGGAAUGUUUGCUGGGGAAGAAAGAAUAGCCCCAUUGAAAUGUAGUAUCUUACAAAAACAUGGCCUUUGCUUGAAAGAAAAUACCAAGGAACAGAAAACUGAUCAUUAAAGUCUGACUUUGCUUUCAAAAUGUGCAAAAAAGCGAAAUAGCAUGUUAUUUUGUGCCAGGUCAGCUUCAGCCACACCAAGACAGGCAAAUGCAGAGGUGGAGAAAGGUGGGAGUAGAGACCUGAGAAAGCCUAACCUCAGAGACCUCAGCAAACUGAGAAGGUAGGAAAGUCUGUCCUUCCCCUCCCCACUUCUGUUGCCCUCUUCUUACCCCGGUGGGGAUCCCUCUACUCGCUCUUCCCUCCCAGCACAGAUUGAUUUCCCCAGGAACUUGCUCUUGCCAAUAAUUGCUCUUCCCGAAGGCAGCCUGCAGUGCAGUAACCUGGGGAGAAAGUGAGCAGGUAUCAGGUGACCUUUGUUCCAGCUCCAGCCAGGCCUCUGAGCCUGUUUGAGCUUUACAAAAGAGGAUUUAUAACAGGAGGUUCAUGUCUGUGACUUUUUGCAGCAUUUUCGAUCUUACAAAGGAAUUCUCAUAGAUUCCCAUUUAAUGUCUCAAGAAUCUCACUAGGUACAGGAAUUAUUAUUAUCCCCAUUUUACAGGUAAGGACAUUGAGGCUCAGAAAGGUGAAGCAGUUUUCCCAACCUAAUAAGGGGCAGAGUCAGGGACCCAACCCCAAGGCUCUGUCAGUCCAGACACAUCGCUCUUCUACAUCAUGACUCCAUUGCAUUGCUUCUCAGGUUUAAUUUUCAAAGACCAAGGCAGGAUGCAGUUGGGCUUUCUUAGAUAUAGUUUAACCAGCUCCACUGAAAUAUCACAAGGAAACAUCAAGAUAAACUCUAGUUGGAACAGUAACAGUGACUUAAAUGCAUUCCCUUCUUGAAAAACCUACAUUUUACUAGCUAGGUGAGACUGCAGAGGCCUUGUAGUGGGCCUCAUAUGUAAUACUAAGAUUUUCCACUUCCAGGAAGGAAGGAUUUAUUUUUGUUAAUGUCAGAGCUCACAUUGUAGGCACUCCCUUGGCAAAAACAACCAAUGUAUCCAAUAUUCCCAAACUCUGUGCCAGGUAAGGGUGAGGGGCCCCCUCCAGAGAGGGCCAGAAGUGUCUCGUCACCUUGCUGAACACAGGGUGGAGGGGACCCCUGCAAUGUUUGGAGGCACCAGAGUCUCUGAGGUGUUGGGUCGCCUUCUCCCUGAGCACUUUAGCAAAUAGGUUGGGUCACAGUGGCCUAAUUAACCCACAAUGCAGCUCAGCUUUCCAACAUCAAAGCAGGCCUCUGCAAGUUAGCCUGGCACCCUUUAGCAAUCUGCCAGCUCCUCUUCAGCUAACUCUAUGCAUCUAAACAUACUUCCUUAGUGAGGUUUUCUGGGCCCUCCAAACAGGCUGGGGUCUCUACUCAACCCUGCAAUUCUCUUCCAAGGCACUUGCAAUUAUUUACUGAAUCACGUGUAAUUGUUUGUUUAGCGUGUGCGACUUCCUAGCUCCACUGUAAGCUCUAUGUGUCCUCACCAUGAUCUCCUGUGCCUGGCACAAUGCCAGACACAUCAGUAGGUACUUGUGCAUUCCCAGUGUGUAAGGACCAUCAAGAAGACCCAAGUUCUAGUCUUGGCUUUGCCCCUGGCAGGAUUUGGGACAAACCUCUUGCUCUCUUUGGUGGCCUAUAAAGCAAGGGAGUUGAACACUCUCUUUUAUCUAUACCCCUAAGAUAUUUUGUAAUCUUAUGUUGUAAAACAGAAAACAAAACCGCAUGGUGUAUAAGUACCCAAAUGUCAGUUUGUGUAUUCCUUUCUGUAAGUGUGAAGGAAGGUCAGAGAAGUGAGUGAAGGCAUAUGCUGGAAGAGCUUCCCGAGGCUUCCUGGAGAAGGAUGGGCAGGAUUUGGGUAGGUAGAAAGGAGCAGAAGGGUCUCCCAGGUUGAAGGGAAAAGCAUAAGACAGGUUUCCACUGGGGGUAAGCAAGAUGAGUUAGUGCAGAGGAACACUCCUCAUUUUAAUAGUAUAUGUUUAUUUUAACAUGUAUUAGAAAAAAGGUAACUAGCACAUCAAAGCCAUGAUAUACAAUUUUCUUUGAAAAUAAGCAUAUUUGUCUGAAAGUAAGUCCAUUUAUGGAAAGGUCUGAAGUAAACAAAAGUAUAGGUUGUUCUUAAGGCAAAAAUCAUGAGGUUGGCGUGCACAUGAUUCAAGUUUAGGAAACUGUCUUAAAAAAAUAUGUGGAAUUGAUAAUGAGCUGAGCCUAAGGCAAGCAGCCUCGCUCCAUGUUUCUCAGUGAGGAAUCCCAAGCCAGAAGUUGUGUUCAGUCUUAACUUUCCAGCCCCCAUGAUGCUAAUUUAUUCAGCAACACCCAAUAGAUAAAUAUUGAUUGGUAACUGUAGGCCAGGCCCAAGUCUAGGUGCUGGUCACCUAGAUCCCUGCCUUUGUGGAAUGAGAUUCCAGCUGGGGGAGACAUGCAAUGAACAAUAAUGGCAAUAAAUGGGGGAUCAACCUUGAAUGUUGGAAGGAGAUUAGAGCUGUGGGAAAAAAGAAAAGUAGAGCAGGGCAGGGGAGGUAGGGAGUGGUUGAGAGAGGGUUUGCUUUUCCCAAUAGGCUUCAAUGAGAAGGUGAGAAGAGCAAAAACUUGGAGAUGGUGAAAGAGCCAUGUGGCCAUCUAUCGUACUAGGCAGGGGAAGCACCUACUGUCCAAGGCUAAGGCAGGAGCAUGCCUGGUGUCCUAUUGAAAGAGCAUGGACACUGGUGUAACAGACGUAGAGUGAGCAAAGGGGUCAGUAUGUGGAGAUGAAGCCAGAGAGGUCACAGGGAUCAGAUUAUGCAGGUUGUGGAAGGGGUGUUGGCUUCAACUGGUGAGAAAUGGAUGCCACUGCCAGGUUUAGAAAAGAGCAGUAACAUGGUCUGCCUUAUCUCUUAAAAGGAUUAUUUUAACUGGUAUGUUGGAUAUAAGGCAAGGGUACAUAUAGAGAGACAGGAAGCUGAGCCAGGCAAGAGAUGAUGAUAACUGAACAAAGCUGAGUUUAUUGAUUCUGCAAUGAAAGAGAACACACACAUCGGAACUAUGGAACUUCUCAGUAAAAGGAUUUUAGUAGGGAUUUAUUAUAGGAUGCAGGCAUGUGAUGGGUUAUUUUAGGGGGGAGUUCAAGGAAGUGGGGUUUUGCUCUGGAUUGGAUGUUGUCAGGAAACAGGGGUAAUACAAAGAUUGCAUGUCUUAAUUCAUAUCUAAUGGGAAGAAAAGUAUCAGUCACUCAAAUUAGCCAGGAAAGAGGGAUGUUUGAUCAUUUUUGUGGUUUGGAUAAUGUUUUUGUUUUAGUCUCUGCUCAGACAUGAUUAUGAAGAAGGCCUUUUUUUUUUCCGGUCUUCAUCCAGUUUAUCUGAUGUGGUGUUCUAUGACAUCACAGAGAACACCACAGCCUGACUCUGAGUCCCAGGUCCAGAUCCUGGGUUCACCAAGGCCCAGCUCCCAGUCUAGCCCAGCUAUCAAAGGCUGUUCUUCUCUUUCACAGACCCCUUUUCCUAGAAGAUGCAUAUACACACACCAUGCACAAAUUUGCAUACUAUUUCAGAGGCCCCCAGACAAAGUUCAUGCAUGGACCUUAUAAUUGAAGAGCUGGGACUUCAGCAGCCAAAUGUGAGAGGUUCUCAGAGACAGGAAGCAAUUCAGGAUCCUGUUUCCAUGGGUUGUCCCUUCCGAAAGCAGAUUAAUUCUACAUGUUUAAUGUGAUGUGAGAAACAUGUUCCCGGAGUUAAAUCUUUAACUUUGAUUAGGAAAGUGUCCUUUAUGCCUCUGAAUCAGAAAGAAAGGAAUAAGGUGAUGAGGAAGGAAGGACAGAAUGAAGGAGAGAGAAGGAAGAGAGGAAAGGAGGGGUUUUAUUUUAAGACAAGAGAAGAACUCCAUUUCUAAGAACCUUCUGGAUUCUUCUCAGCUGGCAGGGUCCCCACCUGGCAGAAACAGAUCUGUUCCUUGGAACACAGUGUCCACUCCUUCACUGUUUCCAUCAUUAUAAUCAGAUAUGUGUGCACUACAUACACAAUCAUGAAUUACAUAAUCCUAAAAUGUCCAAACCAGGAAGGACCCAGAGCUUAUCUCAUCCAAUUCCUUCAUUUUCACCUGGGAAAACAGGCCCAGAGGAGUGGCUUGCCAGUGGUCACAGUGCUAUUAAGUGGGAGGGCUGGGACACAAGCCUAAGGCAUCUGAUUCAGUCCAGUGUUUUUUCCACCAUGCAAAAAAGUGGAGGUUACAGAGAAAUCAAUUUUGCCUCCCUCCAAAAAAGCAUUUUCUUAUAACCAAAGCCAUUCAAAGACACAGUAGGAUGUUUAGGAGCAACCAAGUUCCCUAUCACAACUACCUUCCAGAAUGUUGCAGGAGCCAUUCAAGGUGAGAGGUUGGCCCCAGUGAUAUACAGUGUCUCUUUAGCUCUGAGAGGCCAUUAAUAGAAAGAAAACAUCUGCUUUACUUCCUUUGGCUUCCUUUUUCACAUCUGAAAAAUGGGAGUACUUAUAAUUCCCACUUCAGAGGAUGUCUGUGAGAUUUAAAUGACAUAAUACAGUUCAUGCAUAUAAAGUGAUGAGCACAUGCCUGGCAUGACAAAUGUAACUUGAAGUGGUUAAUAAUAAGUCCCUGGCACACAAUAAAUGAUGAAUUAAACAAA